UUAAGCCGUAGAAGUGAGAAGGCUUCAACUUAACAGUUGAUUAUGGCACUGAAGAAGAAAGUAGUACAAUUAUGGUAAUAGUCAACAUGUACUGAAUGAUUACCACGUGGCACUGUGUUAAGUACCUUUAGAGGUCUUACCUAUUUCAAUCUCAGGACAACUCUAUCAGAUCAGUGGUGUUCUCUUUUACAGUGAGAAAGCUAGGAGGUACAUCCAAGGAGUUUGCCUUUAGACUCUCACUCAGAGCCACUAUGCUGCUAGAGAACCUUCCUGUGCAUUUUUAUGGUUAUGCCUAUACUUUUUAAGUUGGGUUAUAAAAAGUAUACAUUUAAAUACAAUGUGCUCAUGGUGCAGGUGUUGCAAGUUGGAGUAAGUGAGCCUGAUUUUCAGAACCCUGUCAUCUUAGAACUGGAGAGGGCUACUGAGCGUAGGGUGUCAGUGAGGAAUGUCUUCUGUAGCUUUUAGAACGGUUCCUCCACACAAGACACCCACAAGAGAGGCAUCUCAUACCUGUCUAAAUCCUUCUGAUCUUUCGAUGCCCACCACAAAUGCCAGUUCCUUCAGGUAGCAGUCUUUGGUUAUAUAAAAAGAUAUACAUGGGAGAUAUUUCUAAAUUAUGAAGCCAAUAACCAAAAGAUGCAUUUUAUCAUUCAAGUUACCCUCGCUCCUUUCUUGGCCUCAGUUUCUCUAAACUGAAAAGAAGCGGAUAUUUAGCCUAUCUCUUCCUUUUACAAUUUUUAUCCCUAACUCCUUCAGAAUUCUGCAAAGCUGCCUUAAAAAGCAAAGCUCCUUGCUCAGACCUGCAGGAGGCGGCUCCUCCGCGUUGGCAGCUCAGCAGGGCGGGGCUGGAGAUGCAGGAGAGAGGCGGGGGCUCGGAGGGAAGCACCGCGCGGAGCCACGUGACUUCCUUCCAAGGAGCCACUGCUGCGGGCCUCCCAGCAACCGGUGCGUCCCGCCUAACAACGCCUGCGCAUCCCGGUUGGUCCUCGGGAACGCAUGAGAAAAGAAGGCCCUCACGGUCGAGCUGCUCAUUGGCUUGAGCUACGGUCGCUCAGGCGCGUUGCCAGAGCGCCCGCAGGCGGUGCUGCCGGAAGCCCCUCCCAUUGGCCACCGAGUUUGUGGCUGGCUGGCGGACGCUGUCACUCCGGGGCCGUUUCCCUGAGGCCGGCUCUCUGCUGGGGGUGGAAGAGGGGCCGAACUGCGGCCUGACUAGCCGUUGCUGCCGCCGCGGUCUUCGCAGCUGCUAUGACCAGCGGGCGAGGCACCCUCCUCAGCUCGGUGCAGCGCUAGUCGCGGUCGUGAGCCCGCCGUAGCCGUCUGGGUCCCCAGCGCGGCCGCUCCCGCGGCCCCCUCGGCUCUUCCAGUGCCGCCAGCGAGGCGAGGCGGAGGCAGGAUGAAGAUGACGGUGGAUUUCGAGGAGUGUCUGAAGGACUCGCCCCGCUUCAGAGCUGCUUUGGAAGAAGUAGAAGGAGAUGUGGCAGAAUUGGAACUAAAACUCGAUAAGCUUGUGAAGCUUUGUAUUGCGAUGAUUGAUACUGGAAAAGCCUUUUGUGUUGCAAAUAAACAGUUCAUGAAUGGGAUUCGCGACCUGGCACAGUAUUCUAGUAACGACGCUGUAGUUGAGACAAGUUUGACCAAGUUUUCUGACAGCCUUCAAGAAAUGAUAAAUUUUCACACAAUCCUAUUUGACCGAACUCAGAGAUCAAUUAAGGCCCAACUUCAGAACUUUGUUAAAGAAGAUCUUAGAAAAUUCAAAGAUGCCAAGAAGCAAUUUGAAAAAGUCAGUGAAGAGAAAGAAAAUGCAUUAGUAAAAAAUGCUCAAGUACAAAGAAACAAACAACAUGAAGUUGAAGAAGCUACAAACAUCCUGACAGCAACAAGAAAAUGUUUUCGACAUAUAGCCCUCGACUAUGUACUUCAGAUAAAUGUCCUUCAAUCAAAAAGGAGAUCAGAAAUCCUAAAUUCAAUGUUAUCCUUUAUGUUUGCCCAUUUGGCCUUCUUUCACCAAGGAUAUGAUCUAUUUAGUGAACUUGGGCCCUACAUGAAGGAUCUUGGUGUACAGUUGGAUCAAUUGGUUGUGGAUGCAGCAAAAGAGAAAAGAGAGAUGGAGCAAAAACAUUCCACCAUUCAGCAAAAGGCUGCAUUACAGGAUUUCUCCAGUGAUGAUUCUAAGUUAGAAUAUAAUGUAGAUGCUGCAAAUGGCAUUGUUAUGGAAGGAUAUCUGUUCAAACGAGCCAGCAAUGCUUUCAAAACUUGGAACAGGAAAAAGCCCGAUCAUAUCAGACGCUGGUUUUCAAUACAGAACAAUCAGUUGGUUUACCAGAAAAAGUUUAAGGAUAACCCUACCGUGGUAGUAGAAGAUCUGAGGCUCUGCACAGUGAAACAUUGUGAAGACAUAGAACGAAGAUUCUGCUUUGAGGUGGUCUCGCCGACAAAAAGUUGUAUGCUUCAGGCAGAUUCUGAAAAGCUGCGCCAGGCAUGGAUUAAGGCUGUUCAGACCAGUAUUGCUACUGCUUAUAGAGAGAAGGGUGAUGAAUCAGAGAAGCUGGAUAAGAAAUCAUCCCCAUCCACAGGAAGCCUAGAUUCUGGAAAUGAGUCAAAAGAGAAAUUAUUGAAAGGAGAAAGUGCACUGCAGCGAGUCCAGUGUAUCCCUGGCAAUGCCAGCUGUUGUGACUGUGGUCUGGCAGACCCACGGUGGGCCAGCAUCAACCUGGGCAUCACCCUGUGUAUCGAGUGUUCCGGGAUUCACCGGAGUCUGGGAGUUCAUUUUUCAAAAGUACGUUCUUUAACUUUAGACACCUGGGAGCCUGAACUUUUAAAGCUUAUGUGUGAGUUGGGGAAUGAUGUUAUAAAUCGAGUUUAUGAAGCUAAAGUGGAAAAAAUGGGAAUAAAGAAACCACAACCAGGACAAAGACAGGAGAAAGAGGCAUAUAUCAGAGCAAAAUAUGUGGAGAGAAAAUUUGUGGACAAAUAUUCUAUAUCAUCAUCAACUCCUGAGCAGGAAAAAAAGAUUGUCUCCAAAAGUUGUGAAGAAAAGAGGCUGAGCAUUUCUAAACUUGGGCCAGGUGACCAAGUCAGAGCGUCUUCCCAAAGUUCAGUGGUUGCUGUAAAUAGCGACGAGGCCAGGCGGGAGUCUCUGUUCUGUCCUGAUGAGCUAGAUUCACUCUUCUCCUACUUUGAUACUUCUUCAAAACUGCGUAGUAUGAAAAGUAAUGACAGUGGAAUCCAGCAGAGCUGUGAUGAUGGAAGAGAAUCUUUACCCUCCACAGUGUCAGCCAAUAGUUUAUAUGAGCCUGAGGGAGAAAGGCAAGAUUCUUCUGUGUUACUCGAAUCUAAACAUCUUAACCCAGGACUCCAGCUUUAUAGGGCGUCAUACGAAAAAAAUCUUCCUAAAAUGGCUGAGGCUUUGGCUCAUGGUGCAGAUGUGAACUGGGCUAAUUCAGAGGAAAACAAAGCAACACCACUUAUUCAGGCUGUAUUAGGGGGCUCUUUGGUGACAUGCGAGUUUCUCCUACAGAAUGGUGCUAAUGUGAACCAAAGAGACGUACAAGGGCGGGGGCCACUGCACCAUGCCACUGUCUUAGGGCACACGGGGCAGGUAUGUUUAUUCCUAAAACGAGGUGCCAAUCAACAUGCCACUGAUGAAGAAGGGAAAGACCCUUUGAGUAUAGCUGUGGAAGCAGCCAAUGCUGAUAUAGUGACCUUGUUACGUUUAGCAAGAAUGAAUGAAGAGAUGCGGGAAUCGGAAGGACUUUAUGGACAGCCAGGUGAUGAAACUUAUCAGGAUAUUUUUCGUGAUUUUUCCCAAAUGGCAUCCAAUAAUCCAGAGAAACUGAAUCGUUUCCAGCAAGAUUCACAGAAAUUCUGAAUUUUUUUAAGAAGGGAAAAAUAUUAAAGCUGGUGACCCCCUAAUGUGUAGAUCUGAAAACUCACACAUUUGUGUUGAUUUAAUUCUGCUUACUUAAUUUUAGGAGAUAUUGAUUGAGUGGUUUGGAGAAAAGGUAUCCAUUCAUUGAUAUUUUUAGUAGUUGGAAGAAGAACCUGCUACUUCAGGACCUCUUUUAUUAAAAAAAGAGAAAAGGCCUGUUUAAAGGGCUAUUUUUAUAGAUAAAAAGUUGAAUCUGGACUGAAGCCGUCUUUAGAUUACAAUAGGCUAAGAGUUUAGAAGAAAUCUUUUUUUGCCAGUGGGUGGUAGCAUCCAUUAUUACUUUUUCUAUGCAACUUGCCCAGGAUCAUUCAGUCAAGUGGGAGCUGACUGUCCUGCCUGCCUCCAGACUGUAUCUUUUCUUUAGUUUCCCUGAUGAGUUUUAGUGGUUUAGAAAUCGUUGUGUUUUGUUUUUCGUAGCCUCGUUAUCAUACACACAAUACAAAUUCAGUUAUUAGAACUAGAAAAUAGUUUCCCCCAUUUGCUCAUAAAUGCAGUUGUAGUCCUUAGAUAUCUGAUUAUUAGUACUUUAGCAUCUUUAACAUACAUAUAAAUGGUUGCGCAGGUAGACAUAACUCAGUCCUUCAGAUUUAUUCCAUUUUAUGAAGCAAAAAGAAGCCCUUAAAACAAUUUUCUUUCAAAUCACCAGAAGAAUCUCAGUUAGAGAGGUUGUAGUUCUUCAUUGUUGGGUUGACUUCCUAAAACCUUGACAAAUUUAUUGACGUAAUAAAACUGUUUCAAAGGUCACUUCAAUGUCACAAAAUUAUGCUUUCAUCAAAUUUCAAAAGAAAAGUUGAUUUUUAAAGUAAUG